CUGCGUUAAGGCCCAGCUGCUGAUCUCCGUCUUUACGCGUCGUGACAACAUCACGGUAACAGUCCUCAGGAUGCUCCUCGGAGCAGCGUACCGAAGCCAACCAUCUCCACUGUCUCCAUUCCCAUCUUUAGCCCCGUGAUUGAGCGUUUUAUCUCACUGUCUCUCUUGUCUGUCUCGAUAUCUCGAUCUCUCGAACGUCCAUCAGAGAGCCCGUUACCACAAUGUUGUCCGCCGCACCCGCCCCGACUCCCCUCCCCAUCUCCAAUUCGCCUUCCUCCGUCGCCCCUGCUGCCCCCGCCUCAGCAGCCCUGGUCGCCACCCCGGCCUUCCGCCUCUUCCUCUCCCGCCUUACAGACUCCGCCCGCCGCUCUCUCAACAACUGCCGCCCAUGGUCGGAGCUCGCUGACCGCUCUGCCUUCUCCCGCCCUGAGUCACUCGGCGACGCCGCCUCCCGCCUCCGGAAUAACCUCGCCUACUUCCGCGUCAACUACGUGGCCGUCGUCGCCGCCGUCCUCGCCAUCUCCCUCAUUACGAACCCCUUUUCCCUCCUCGUCCUCCUCGCCCUUCUAGCCGGCUGGUGCCUCCUCUACCUUUUCCGCCCCUCCGAUCCGCCGCUUGUUAUCUUGGGCCGGACCUUUUCUGAUCGCGAGACUCUUGGAUUCCUCGUCCUCGCCACUAUCUUCGUAGUUUUCCUCACUUCCGUCGGAUCGCUUCUGAUCUCAGCCCUGGUCGCUGGUGCCGCUAUCAUCGGAGCCCAUGGGGCUUUCCGUGUUCCGGAGGAUCUUUUCCUGGAUGAACAGGAGGCGGGCGCCGCCAGCGGGCUUCUAUCCUUUCUUAGUGGAGCGGCCUCCACCGGACCUGUCGCCUUGGCGGCUGCUCGUGUCUGAUCUACCAAUCUACAACAGCUGAGGUUUUUAUUGUCUUCUUCUUCCUUGCUAUUGUUGUUAGGAAAAGUACUACUAAAAUUCCAUCUAUUUGUUCUAGGGUUUCUUGUCAGCCGAGGUUUUUAUUAUCUUCUUCUUUCUUGCUAUUGUUGUUAGGAAAAGGACUCCUAAAAUUCCAUACACAGACAUCAGACUAGAAAUUACGGUUACUCUUUUGGUUUGAAUGCAUGCAGUCUGUUAUACCCAAUCUCUAUGGAAGAAUCAAAUGAUGUAUUAUAUGCUACAUACCCAAAUCCGUGCCGCAGCUUUAGCUUUUUUCCUUCGCCCAUGUCCUGCUCAAAUUUAUCACAAUUGUUUUGUGUGGAUUCCGAGCAUACUAAUUGGUAGCACAAGAGUCCUCAGAUAUAAAAGUGAUUAACCCAGUUUUUGGUGUCUAGCAUAUUCUUCUUUGUACAAUCAUAAGGUUGCUGUUUGGCGAAUUAGGAGACCAGCAUUCGAGUCAUAGAAACAACAUUUCUUAAGUUUAUUAAGAGGUAAGACUGCAUAUAUUGAUUCUUUCCCAACUCUAUUGGGUCUACCCUUUUAGCAGAUUCUCCAUUCUGGAGUUCAUUUUUGGUGCAGUUAAGUUUCAGUUAUCUCCGGAUGUUAUUAUUGAAAUGAAGAGUUGGAAUAUCAGAUCUACUGUUGAAGAAUAUGUUGCUUCUGAAGUCUGAACUAAGGAAUUUCGGUGGUUUGUUUAUCUUUAAAUCGAUGGAGUGUUCAUUUUUACAGGGCCAGAGUGUUCAUUUGUACACAUAAAUUUGUAGACCAUUAAUGAAAUUGGAAAUAUAGAUUAUGCUUAGAAAUUAGAAUUACAAUUUUGUUCUUUUGCCAACUUCAGAGCAAAAGCUGACUCAUUUACCAUGACGUAUCAUGGCGUAUAACUUGUGAAUAUAUUAAACAAUUUUGUACUGAUUAUGUCCUAUUUCUUUUAUCUGCUUCCUAUCGUUGAUUAAACAGAAAAAUUCUAGGAGAACACCCAUUGGCGUUCAGUCGAAUGAUAGCCUCAUUCUUGUUAUAAUGUUGUAUUCAAACACAAACUCUACAUGUCCGAUAAGGAGAUCCUAGAAGGUGGUGUUUCAUGCUUGUUUCAUCUCUUGUUAUAUGUUUGUUCCAUUGAGUGUGCUCAUGAUAUAUGCAUUUUAAUGAUACUCUUGUGGCUACUUAGAAACUAAUUGAGCUAGCAUCU